GGCACAAGCUUUAUGGGUAUGCGGAACUGCUGUUCAGAAUAAUCCUAAGGCACAGAAAGCUUUCUCAGAAAAAGGAGGAUUGACCCUCAUUUUGAAUAUAUUAAAAGAUGAAAACGAAGAUAUGGAAGUUAAGAGUAAAGCAUUAUAUGCGUUAUCUGGUGAGUCAAGAGUUUUAAGACUUCAAUUAUACAUGCUUUACAUUAAUUUCUGUGUAUUAAUGUUUUCAGGGGCUAUAAAGCACUAUCCUCCAGGGUUAGCUCAGUUGGAGAAAGAUGGAGGAUAUGACAUGUUAUUGAAAUUAUUAGAAACUUCUAAUGAUCCGAAUACUGUGUCAAUGCGAAUAAAAGAAAAAGGACUUGCCAAAAAGAUGAUUAAUAUAUUAGAUAAAUAUGGAGAGCAAGAUGAAGAUUUGACAGAUAAGGUCCUUCGUACAUUGCUUGCUGAAUUACAACAUUCUCCACAGUCUUUGACCGAGGAUGAGAUAAGCGAGUUGAGAAAACUUCUUCCAGUGCUCAAAACAAAAUAUGAGAAGUGCGCACUGUCCCCAAUAGAAUGGGAAGAAUUAGAGAAACGAAUUCAACAACGGAAACUU